CAGCCAGCGGUGGGGCACUCGCCCACUGGCGGGACGCCGACUACCUCUUCAGCAGCGAUGCCACCCACCCGGACACCCGCAGAAUACACGAGAGCCUGGAUUACCUGGAGGGCAGAGCUACGGUCUUCCACUCCCGCUACCUCUCCGCGUGGGCGAGCACGGAAAUCAGGAGGCAGAUCGGUAGUUUUAUCUGGGAGCAGGCGGAUGAUUCCCUUGCAGGACAGCACCGUGACAAUCUGACGGAUGAACCGGAGGUGGCGAGAAAAGGCUGCGAGGAAGAAGUGGAGGAAGAUGCACUAGACCUGACCGAAAGUGAAGAAGAAACAGACUCCAGAGCUCCCACCCAGUGCGAAUUUCCAUACCGGGCCCUCCAGGAAUACCCGAUGAAUAACAUGGUGACAG